UUUCAGACUUAAUUCGCCUUAUCGUGUUCUGCAAAUCUUUCUUAGAUGACAAGGAGGCUUACUUUUGAGUUGCACACCCUUACUUUGUUCUAUUCUUUUUUAUUUUUCUGAAAAAUUAGAAGAUUAAUCUUUCAAAAGUAUUAUUCCGAUACAUGCCAGAUAUUCUGUUGAACGGACAAGAUGGUUUCAAGUCAAGUUAUGGAUAUGGUUUCAUCAAGGCUAUGGUGUCGCUUGGUGUUCGUAAAAUCAGUGACUUUGUGUAAUAGGGUUUUCCAUCUAUAUGGCAUGCUUGUAUGAAAUAAAAUGAUGAUGGGUAACAGCCAACUGGUCACAUAUCGUUGGACCUGAAGCUUUUUAGCUUCAAACCAUCCAGUCUUUUAAGUUGAUCAGAAUUAACUGCCCAUAUAGUUUCUAAACGGAAUUUUAGCAGUUUCCUGCUGUUGCUGUAUUUACAUUUUACAGUUGACCUACCCAACUCUUGCGGUAUAACAUGGCAUAUGAGUUCUUCCAUAAGGAGAUAGAUGUUGAGUAUUUGAUUCUCUCUUCAGAUGAGAAGAAUAGGUCUUUUGUGUUUUCAUUUCCGUCAAAACAUGCAAACGAUAAAUUCAAGCUCUGGUGUCCUUAUUGAAUACUGCAUACUGCACUGCAUUUACUUUUGAAUUUCAUGGAUGCUUCCCAUGUCAUAUGUAUAAUUUUAUGCAUUAUCAUGUACUCAUUCAUUUUUUGUAUUUACUCUCUUCUGUGAUUAAUAUAUAUUUGGGCACGUAGUUUUUGCAUUCAAGCUGUAACUAUAUUUGUAUUUGUAAUUUCAUUAUGUCAUUUGACCUUUUUGUGCAUCUAGGCUUGCUAUUUCUCUCUUUAUGUCAGCUUUUAAGGCAGGUGGAAAGUGAGCGGCUUGGCACGACCUUUUUUUAUGCUGAGGAAUUUGUUAUGGGCAACGACGAAGCAUGAUGUAUACCUUAUGCAAAACUACUCUGUGAUGCAUUGGUCGUCUUUACUUCGAAGGAGUAAAGAAGUACUUAAUGCGGUGAAACCCAUUGUUCCAACUGUUAAGCACCCCGGAUUUUCUGCUCAACCUAUCUCCAGAGUACAAAUAAGCACCAUGGCUGUUAAGGAAAAUUUAAUGGUAGCAGGCGGUUUCCGGGGUGAGCUUAUUUGCAAGAACCUGAAUAAAUCUGGAGUUGCUUUCUGUAGUAAAAUAACUACCGAUGAUAAUGCUAUAACCAAUGCUGUAGAUGUUUACCCUAAUCCCAGUGGGUCUAUGAGGGUCGUGACAGCAAAUAAUGACGCCCAAGUUAGAGUUUUCGAUGCUGAUAAUUUUGCUUCUCUUGGUUGCUUCAAAUAUGACUGGUCUGUUAACAGCAUUUCCGUUAGUCCCGAUGGGAAGUUGUUAGCUGUUGUUGGGGAUAGUGCUGAGGGUUUGAUAGCUGAUGCUAACACAGGAAAGGUUACCGGUAGCCUGACAGGACACUUGGAUUAUUCUUUUGCCUCUGCUUGGCAUCCAGAUGGGCGAAUAUUGGCUACUGGCAAUCAGGACACAACAUGUAGGUUGUGGGACAUCAGAAAUCUUUCACGUUCCAUUGCUGUACUCAAGGGAAGAAUGGGUGCAGUAAGAGCCCUGAGGUUCACUUCAGAUGGACGGUUUCUGGCUAUGGCUGAGCCAGCAGAUUUCGUCCAUAUUUUUGACUCUCACGGUGAUUAUAAACAGGGACAAGAAAUUGAUUUAUUUGGUGAGAUCGCUGGUAUUUCCUUUAGCCCGGACACGGAGGCUCUAUUUGUUGGCAUCGCUGAUCGUACUUAUGGGAGCUUGUUGGAGUUCAACAGGAAACAUUUUAAUCGAUAUCUAGACCGUGUGUUUUAGAGGAGCCUCUCCCAACCCGUACAGCAAGCCUCUCAAUACUGAUUUUUGAAGGUGUUUUUCUCCGGAGAUCCUUCUUCGUUUACUUUUGAGUUUUAUGGUUAGGCAACUUGUAAAUUUCGUCCUCAGUGAGCUAUUUCUGUUAAGGCAUCCUGACUUUUCAAAUG